AGAGCUCUGUGCUUUUACCCAUCAUGAGAUGUUUCUUGUGUGACACCUUGGUAAUGAAAAGCCUUUUUAUCGACCAUCAAUUUACUAACCCAGCUGAUAUUAAUUUGCACAGAUAGGAGGUAUAAUUACUUACGGAUUUCAGCUGGUUCCUUACCUUGCCUUGGAGAACUGCUUUUUCUUAGCAUGUUCAAUUCUUUUUUCCUGUCAUUCCACUUUAUAACACAUAACUUUAUUUAUGGCAUUUAAUGUUGUGAAUUCUUUAUAUUUCCUGAUUUCUUGAGUUAAUACUGAUGUCUGGUGAAAAUUUUGUGUGAAUAGCCUCUUUGGAAUUAUAUUUACUGAAAAAAUGUUGACGUGUUCAAUAACUUAUUUCAUUUGUUACAAUUUACGGUACAGUUUAUGAAGUAGUAAACACAAAUUCCCAGAGUAAUGUAGUUCAUGGUAGACUUAAUCUAUGCCCUGAAUAUAGGCUAUAUUCUAUUAUAAAAUGAUUUUUUUUGCAGUGAUAUACUGUAUAUGACCAUACCUAUGUCAUCUAUUCCUAGACUGAGAUUCCUGUCAUUUGAAAAUGAAGUGCUACCUAAGACAGAUGCUCAGAAACUACCGGGCCAAACGCAGACUUUGUCAAAAACGCUUGGUGACCAAGGAUGGCCACUGUAACAUUGAAUAUGGCAAUGUGAGGUACAGCAACUUUUUUGCCUAUGUGCUAGACUUCUGGACCACCUUUGUGGAGAUCCGUUGGCGGUUUGUUUUUGUCUUCUUUGUGGCCUCAUUCACUCUCAGCUGGUUCAUUUUCGGACUCCUAUGGUAUUGGAUUGCCCGCAACAAUGGAGAUUUAGCAUGGCAAAAUCCAUCAGCUAACCACAAAGUAUGUGUACGUAAUCUCUUUGGACUGACCACUGCCUUCCUCUUCUCCAUGGAAACACAGACAACUGUGGGGUUUGGGGGGCGAGAUAUCACCCCAUACUGCCCUAGUGCUAUUGUUCUCAUCGUUAUCCAGAUUCUUGUGGGUGCAAUCAUUAACUGUUUCUGGUGUGGAGUGGUCAUGACCAAAAUUUCUCUGCCCAAGAAAAGGGUCAAGACCAUAGCAUUUAGUGAGAUGGCAGUUAUCUGUCCAAACAGAGGAGUUCUCUGUUUGCAGAUAAGAGUGGCUAACUUGCGUAAAUCUUUGAUGAUUGGCAGCCAGAUCUACGGAAAGCUGCUUAGAACUACGGUAACUCCUGAAGGUCAAACCAUCAUCCUGAACCAUGUCAAUGUUGACUUCUUUGUAGAUGUUGGAAAAGAUAACCUGUUUUUUGUAUGUCCCUUGACCUUAUAUCAUGUUAUUGACAAGGCAAGUCCAUUCUUUGAGAUGUCAAUGGAGACUUUAAAUCAACAGGAGUUUGAGCUGGUGGUAUUUCUGGAUGGAACGGCUGAGUCCACCAGCUCUUCUUGCCAGGUCAGGACUUCUUACCUACCUCAGGAAAUUAUGUGGGGCUACAAGUUUCUGCCCAUCAUCUCCUGCAGAAAGGAGGGAAGGUAUCAUGUGGACUUUUCCAAUUUUGCCAGAGUGGAGCCAACAAUGACUGCCAGCUCAGCCAGAUGCAUCAAUCAUGAUAACCAUCAUUAUCACUGCUCCACUAAUGGCUUUGAUAAUCAUGGCUUUGUGGUCAUUGACAUUGACAAUCCUAUCAAUAUUAAAAUGUGA